GGGCGGGAUCGAGCGGGAUCGGGCCGAGCCUCCGCCGCACUGCCCGCCCGGCGGCCCGGGGCUUCGCCUGCCGGCACCCAGCUCGGCUCGUCGCCGCCGGGAGCAGCGCGGGGAGCGCCGGGCGGCACAAGCCAGGGAAAACAAAAUGAAGGAAUUAAUGUCGAACAGUACAACCAACAUAUCUCAAGCCAGGAAAGCUGUGGAGCAAUUGAAAAUGGAAGCAUACAUGGACAGAAUGAAGGUAUCCAAGGCUGCAGCAGAUUUAUUGGCAUACUGUGAUGCUCAUAUUGGAGAAGAUCCCCUUAUUAUUCCAGUACCUGCAUCUGAAAAUCCCUUCAGGGAGAAGAAACUCUUUUGUACUAUCCUUUGAGUCAGUUUCCAAUUAAAAAUAUCUUAUGUUAAAAUUUGGUAUUGGUGGUGCAUGCUAUUGGUUUUAGCAUAUUUUCCUCAGAUAUCAAUACUUAGCCCAGAGUUACAAUAUUUUUAGAAGGUAGUGCAUUUUCUGGUAUAAAUAAGUAAAAGAAUCCUAAAAAAAAAUAUCAAAGUAAUCCUUAUUUUUCAGACCAAUGCACAAGUUUAAUUUCAGUUUUCAUGAAGAUUAUUUGGGUCUUAAUGAAAGUAUUGAGUACAGUAUCAUAUUAUAGAUAUCUUUGCCAGUCAUAGAUUUUUCUGAGACCUAAAUGAGUCAUACCGACUCCGAAGCUAUUUUUAACAUUCUAAUUUUCUUUGGAAGGUGAGUUAAUUCAUUUGCCUUUACAAAUUUGUAUCCAAAAAGAGUAGUGUGACCUUUCUGCAAGUAGUAUUGUUUAGGAAAAAAUGCUGGUGAUUUACAGUGUUUGGAAUGAUCAGUCUUAUACAGUAAGUGAUGUUUAUAAAUAUGUUUUGUGAAGACUGUAAUAAACUGGACUACAAAAACAACCUUAGCAGCACUGUCAGCAUAAGCACAGUGAAAAUAUACAGUUACAUACGAGUUCUGCAUCAAUAAAACUGAAAAAACGUG